CACGCUUCUCUCGUCCCUCCCCUUUGUCGGUGUCUUCCCCCUCUCUCUUCUCUUCUCUACAAAUCUCUCUUCCGCAUCCGCCGCAAAACCCUAACCUAAGCGGCUCAACCCUACGAUUACCGCCGCCGCCGCCCCCCGCUCGCCCACGCAAGCUUGGGCGGGCCUCCCUCAGCUCGGCCAAGAGCCCGACCCCCUGCUCCGGCACCAGCGCCGCCACCGCCAUGGAUAUGGAAGUGUACGAGCGCCUCACCGCCGAAACCAGUCACUACCGUGGCACGCGUUUCGAUGCGCUGAUCGGGCUCGACGAGGUGGAGCCUAGUGACGAGGAAGAGGAUGAGGAGGAAGAAGAGCGAGCGGCGGGUGCCGGGGCUGGAGACGAGCUGCUCUGCCCGUUCUGCAGCGAGGAGCUGGACGCGGUGGGGCUGUGGUGCCAUAUGGACGACGAGCACCGUGCUGAGGUCAAUGCCGGGGUGUGUCCAAUUUGCACAGAUAAGGUUGAUAUGAACUUGAUUGUCCACAUCAGCUCACAGCAUCGAGGUUUCUUGAAGGAUAAGUGGAGAAAUCAGCAAGGUUCAUCUGGGGUGCGUUAUUCAACACUUGCCUUAUUGAAGAAAGAUCUACAUGAGAGGAUAAGUGGAUCAUCUCGUGCUGCCCCAGUCAGCACGGUGCCUGAUCCUCUACUGUCCUCUUUUGUUGGUAGCUUUUAUGAAGUCGAUUUGCCAAAGGAUGCUAAAAAAGAGUCCUUGGUUGAGACAGAAGUGAGAAGUGAUAACAUAGAGCAGAGAGCAGCGGAGAGCUUUGAUGAGCCUUUGCUCCCUGAGGUGAAGGAGGAGAAAACCAGGAGGAGCCAAUUUGUGCAGGGGCUUGUCUUGUCCCUGAUGUUUGAUGACAUCUUAUGAAGAGCACAUCCCAAAAGGGGAAGGGAGAAGGCAUAUUUUGCUACCAGCAAACGUUUCGCCGGCACAGCUGUUGUAACGAUUCGCUGAUUUGCCAUCGGAAGAUGGUGACAUUGCUCUGGGAUAAUGGGGGAGAUGAACUGUGGAUAUGGAUGUUUCGUAGUACUAUGCAUCAUCAUUGCAUGAAUAAUAGAGUAUAUGUAUGUAUAGUUUGUUAGCAUCAUGGUACUGGAUAUUCUGGGGCUCUGUAUGUAUAUUGGGAGGCCGAAAUGGACCCUACCUAUCAUAAAUCAGCCAUUUGAUAAUGUGCAUGUGGUGUUUUUCUGGAAGCCUGGGAUGUGCGUAGGUAACACCAGACACAUCUGCCUGUGGUUGUCGUACCGACUUUUCAACAAAUCCUUUAUUUCAAAAAUAAAAUGGCAUGGUUUGGUU